AUGUUGCGACGCACAAGAAGAUCGCCUACGGCUUGCUCCUGGUGUCGUCAGCGCAAAGUGCGCUGCGAUGCGUCACUCCUGGGCUCUCCGUGUACCCGGUGUCGGCAAGACGGUCGCACGGAAUGUAAUAUUCGCGCUAAGAAUCCUAAGCAGUCUCAAAAGUUGGCAAACCCGAUGCCGCCCACCUACCAAUAUUCAGGAUCAAACAAAAUGAUCACUGACCAGCACACCGACGACUUGCGCCAGUCGAAUGAUCAUCCAACUCUCGCCUCACGGCUCCGCGCACAUGGUCUCAGUUUGGAUGACCGUGGCACAAGCCAACCCCAAUCCACCAAUGUUCCGUAUACAGGAUACGCCUUUGUCGAAUUGCUGUCGCUCCCUUCCGAGGAUCUAGCAUCUCUCAAGUUCAACGACUGCUUGUGUUUGCCCGGCUCCAAUGCAAUCGACGAGUUUGUACAAGAGUACUUCAAGCGCAUUCACCCAUCAGUGCCUGUCUUGGAUGAGGCUGAGUUCUGGCGCAUCUAUCGAAACAAUCAAUCUACCGGUCCCAAGAUAUCUCUUUUCGUGUUGCAAUCAUUGCUUGUCGCAAGCUGUCCGCUAUUAUUCCAACUGAGAGCCGAAAAACGGCCUCAUGCAAAUGCACAAGGCGCUGUUCUACUUACGCAUUAUACCUCUGCACAAGAACCCCAGGCUGGAAGCUUGUGGGUCACAAGGGCCAUCGAGUGCGCCAUGCUCAUCGACGCUCAACCAUCCUCGUCGGUGGAAAGUGUGGCAAUAUCGCUCAAGAAACGACUUUGGUGGUCUAUCCUUCUUCGUGACCGAAGCCUGUGCAUUGGUUUACGCCGUCGUUCUCAGAUGACCUCAACGACCUUGCAUGGAUGGAGUGAUUGGCUGAGUACAGAGGAUUUCAGUGAAGAGUUGUAUCAGUCUCAAGUCUACGACUAUGAUACCAAGAAGCGUUUACUAGACGCACUUCAAAAGCAAUGCGAGCUCGCAGUGCUACUCACAGAUCUAGUGUCUUUGGUGUUCACCCAUCAAAAGACUCCAAGACGGCUUCUGUCUAUGAUUGAAUUCCAGGGCCUCUUGUCAAGUAUAAAAGAUAUCAAAAGAUCCAUCGACAAGUGGAUGCUGCCGUCCAAACCUCUAAUUCCACCAAGAAAUACAUCAGCGUCGGAAGAUCACGACCCAGUUGCAAGGUUGACCUACAUGACAUAUAUGUAUUACCACACAGCACGAAUAAAUCUGGCUCAGUAUGCGGCAUUUGUACUGGAAGAGAACAUGUUCUACGCGGGAGACACAUACAGCAGUCUUGUUCUGGAGAUCAGUAAUGACCUAAGGCAUGGGAUUCAGGGCUUGAGUCUGGUGAUGGAACAUUUCAGUAUCAAUGGAUAUGCUGAUAGUCUUCCCCUGAAGACACUCUACGAUGUCACUGACUGCGUCGCCGUCUCGACCAACCAUAUCCUACAGCUUGCGUAUGCGACAACUCAGAACCUCUUCUUGGAAGAGAAACCACAUCAAUUAUGCUCAUCUGACAAUAUCAUGGCAAGGGGCGCCUCUUUAUCCAGCAACCGGCGCCCGCCUAGAGCCUCCAAUACAUCAAUGUUACCCAAACCUAACCGUCCAACGAGCUGGCAAGAUGCGUUCAUUCGGUGCCCGAGGGCGUAUCUUUUGAUAUCGACGUCUGUGGACUAUGCCAUGUCGACUGGCGACCUGCCGUCCGCGAGUGUGCUUCCUGAAAUUGUUCGCGACCUUCCAGCAAUGGGUGUUAUUGCUCGACUUCCCUGGACAUCUCAUAUUCCGUUCACCGAAUCCACGAGCUCACUUGCAAGUCACAUGAACCAAGUACAGCGGCAUAGUUACCCUGUCAGCAUGCAUUCAUCCUCUGCUGAAGGGAGAGAGGUCUUGGAUGACAUCGAUAUUGAGAUCGAGCCGGAGAAGAGCCUCACCCCGCAAGCAGCCCAAUUCAACUGCAGCUCGUCACCAGAUACAUUUUCCGAGUAUCCUGCAACGCUGUCCUUCAUGGUAGACGAGCAAGUUCAAAGCAGAGUAGCGAAGCAAACUGCCUAUGAAACUACCGCACCGAACCUGGACUUCAUGGACUUUGCCGAUUUCCAAAGUGUAUCAAACAACGCGACGGAAACUUAUGCAUUGGGGUUUCCACUGGAACUUACUGGUAAGGACUUGGAGGGCGAAACCCAGUUGGAACAAUCAGUCUUCGACACCUAUGCUGCCACCCUACCCCAGUCGGUCAAAGUGAUUGACUCGCCACUUUUUGAAUCUUUCUUUCACGAAGCGUUUGAACAGAACUGGUCCGUUGGAUAA